UUUCAUUUGUUUCAAAUGUAUAAAUAUCUUAUUCAAAUGUGAUUAACUAGUUUCAGACUCUAAACUGAUUUAGAGUCUAAAUCAGAUUUAGAAUUAUUUUUCAAAUAAUUUGCAAAAGAUUGGAAUAAGAGAAUGUAGUGUUACUGUUUGAAACCUGGGAAAAUAGUGGAAUUGUCAUGGCAUAAUCUAGGCAUGAUUUAGAAUUUUUAUUUCUGAGUUCCAUAUUAAAAAUAAAUCCUUUUUGUUUUAAUAGGAUACUGAGUGAGUCAGUGUUUUGCAUUAUUUAUCAGUGCUCACCAUAAUCCUGAGACAUGACUACUGUUGAGAGUGAAGCCAAAAUAAAAACCAAAGUUCGCUUUGAAGAAUUACUUAAGGCCCACAGUGAUCUAAUACGUGAAAGAAAAAAACUCAGGAAAAAACUUGCCAAAUCUAGAGAAAACAUCUCACUUUCCACUAGCAGUAAUCUUCAGGAUAUUAAAGAAGCUAAAAGUGAUGAUAUGAGUUGCACUAAUACUACUAAUCCAGAGAAGAGCAUGAGAGUCAAUAAAAACAAACUGAGGAAUAAUCAGUCAGCAGGUGAAGAUCCAACUGAAGACAUCAGUGUAGAGGAGGACAAGCAAGGGAAGCCAAACAAGAAAGUUACAAAGGCCACCCAAGAUAUGGAACCAGAAACUCCCGAGAAAGCAGAUUCUACACAUCAGAAAGUUCGAACAAAGGCACAGCCAGGCGGUGAUCACCAGAAAAGUGAUAAAGCAAAUGAGGGGAAAGAAAAAAGUGAUGCAGACGGGGAGGAAGAACUGAUAGAAGCAUAUCAGCUCCAGGUAGCAGAAGAAAUGGCAAAGGAGAUUAAGAAGAAAAUAAGGAAGAAGCUGAAAGAACAGUUGACGUAUUUUCCCUCAGAUACUUUAUUGCACGAUGACAAGCUGAGCAGUGAAAAAAGAAAAAAGAAAAAAAAGAAAGCUCAAGUCCUGUCUAAAGCUGAACCAAGCACGCCAACCAUCUGUGAUGACACAGUUGAAAGUGAGCAAAACAAGGAAUGUUCAGUUGAAGCUGUAACCUCAGAUUCUCACCAAGAUGAUGAAGUGAGCUCAACAGAACAAAACAUAGAUGAGAACUUGCCAGAUAAUGCAAAAUCCAAACCAAAGAAAACAAAAAAGAAGGCUAAACCAGUUUCAGAUGAUAAUGAAGACAUUAAUGGUGAUGGUGUUCAUGAAGUAACAAGCCGAGAUAGUCCAGUUUAUCCCAAAUGUUUACUUGAUGAUGACCUCGUCUUGGGAGUUUACAUUCACCGAACUGAUAGACUUAAAUCAGAUUUUAUGAUUUCUCAUCCUAUGGUAAAAAUUCAUGUGGUUGAUGAGAAUACGGGUCAAUAUGUCAAGAAAGAUGAUAGUGAACGUCCAGUGUCAUCUUACUAUGAAAAAGACAAUGUGGAUUAUAUUCUUCCUAUUAUGACCCAGCCAUAUGAUUUUAAACAGUUAAAAUCAAGACUUCCAGAAUGGGAAGAACAAAUUAUCUUUAAUGAAAAUUUUCCCUAUUUGCUUCGCGAUUUUGAUGAGUGUCCUAAAGUCAUCCUGUUCUUUGAGAUUCUGGACUUUUUAAGCAUGGAUGAAAUUAAGAAUAACUCUGAGGUUCAAAACCAAGAAUGUGGCUUUCGGAAAAUUGCCUGGGCAUUUCUUAAGCUUCUGGGAGCCAACGGGAAUGCAAAUAUCAAUUCAAAACUUCGCCUGCAGCUAUACUACCCACCUACGAAGCCACGAUCACAAUCAAAUGCUGUUGAGGUUUUUGAAUGGUGGUCCAAAUGUCCACGUAAUCGCUACCCAUCAACAUUGUAUGUAACUGUGCGAGGACUGAAAGUUCCAGACUGUAUAAAGCCAUCUUACCGCUCUAUGAUGGCUCUUCAAGAGGAAAAAGGUAAACCAGUAUAUUGUGAACGUCACCAGGAGCCAAGCUCAAUAGACACAGAACCUGGAUUAGAAGAUUCAAAGGAAGUAGUAAAGUGGAAGCGACUUCCUGGGCAGGCAUGCCGGGUCCCAAACAAGCACCUCUUCUCACUAAAUGCAGGAGAACGAGGAUGUUUUUGUCUUGAUUUCUCCCACAAUGGAAGAAUAUUAGCAGCAGCAUGUGCCAGCCGGGAUGGAUAUCCAAUUAUUCUUUAUGAAAUUCCUUCUGGACGUUUCAUGAGAGAAUUGUGUGGCCACCUCAAUAUUAUUUAUGACCUUUGCUGGUCUACAGAUGACCGAUACAUCCUUACUUCAUCAUCUGAUGGCACUGCCAGGAUAUGGAAAAAUGAAAUAAACAAUACAAGUACUUUCAGAGUUUUACCUCACCCUUCUUUUGUUUACACGGCUAAAUUCCAUCCAGCUACGAGAGAACUGGUAGUUACAGGAUGCUAUGAUUCAAUGAUACGAAUCUGGAAAGUUGAUAUGAAAGAAGAUGCUGCCAUAUUGGUUCGACAGGUUGAUGCCCACAAGAGUUUUAUCAACUCUCUCUGUUUUGAUGAUGAAGGUCAUCACAUGUAUUCAGGCGACUGCACAGGGGUAAUUGUUGUUUGGAAUACUUACGUGAAAGUUAAUGACUUGCAGCAUUCUGUGCGCCACUGGACUAUAAAUAAGGAAAUUAAAGAAACUGAAUUUAAGGGGAUUCCAAUAAAUUAUCUGGAGGUUCAUCCCAAUGGAAAACGUUUGUUAAUCCAUACUAAAGACAGUACUUUGAGAAUUAUGGAUCUUCGAAUAUUGGCUGCAAGGAAAUUUGUAGGUGCAGCAAAUUAUCGAGAGAAGAUACAUAGUACCUUGACACCAUGUGGAAGUUUUCUCUUUUCUGGAAGUGAGGAUGGUAUAGUAUAUGUUUGGAACCCAGAAACAGGAGAACAGGUAGCAAUGUAUUCUGACCUGCCAUUCAAGUCACCUAUUCGAGACAUUUCUUACCAUCCAUUUGAAAAUAUGGUUGCAUUUUGUGCAUUUGGGCAGAAUGAGCCAAUUCUUCUUUACAUUUAUGAUUUCCAUGUAGCUCAGCAGGAGGCUGAAAUGUUCAAACGCUACAAUGGAACAGUUCCAUUACCUGGAAUACACCAAAGUGAAGAUGCAUUGUGCACCUGUCCUAAACUGCCCCAUCAAGGCUCUUUUCAGAUUGAUGAAUUUGUAAACACUGAAAAUACUUCAACCAAGAUGCAGCUAGUAAAACAAAGACUCGAAACUGUCACAGAGGUGAUACGGUCCUGUGCUGCAAAAGUCAACAAAAAUCUCUCACUUACUUCACCACCACCAACCUCCUCACAACAGCCUAAAGUAAAACAGCCAGACAUGCUGAUCCCUGAGGAGAUCCUGCGUCAAUUUGGUUUCGCUCAGACUGGGAUUAUCAGCAUAGAAAGAAGGCCAUGUAACCAUCAGGUAGAUUCACCACCAACGGUAGUGGCUCUUUAUGACUACACAGCCAGCCGAUCAGAUGAACUAACCAUCCAUCGAGGAGACAUUAUCCGAGUGUUUUUCAAAGAUAAUGAAGACUGGUGGUAUGGCAGCGUAGGAAAGGGGCAGGAUGGUUAUUUUCCAGCUAAUCAUGUGGCUAGUGAAACACUGUAUCGAGAAAUGCCUCCAGAGAUAAAGGAGCGAUCACCUCCUUUAACUCCCAAGGAAAAGCCCAAGAUGGAAAAACCUUCAGCUUCUCAAAAGGGUAUCCGCGAAGAGGAAAUGAAGUCACAAAACAACUGAGAGGUGUGUGUGGAAAGGAGGGAAAGAAGGGCAGUCAUGCUCCUUGGUCUUGUUGAUGGUGGGGGUAUUUAGAGGCUGAUCACAUUCCAGCCUUGGGGGCUUUUUGCUUAAAGAUAAAGUAAAAACAAAAGAGCUCACAGAGACACCUCCUUCUUCCCCCUCCUUCUGCCUCCAUGAGUCACUACCCAUAUGGCGUGCUGCUGCUGAGACCAAGGAAUGAGUGAGUAAAGGUGUAUAGAAGUCAAGUAUUAGUCCUAAUUAAGCAUCCUUAGAUAAUUGUCAAAAACGAUGAACUAUGAAUCCUGUACUAAUUUAGGAUUUAUAGGCUUUGACAUAAGCUAAACCACCUUUGUAUCAUAAAGAAAAAGGAACCAGGCAUACCCGUAACAAUAAUGUAGUAGAACAGUAGGAAAGAUGGCAAGGAUAAACUUUAACAUGCUUAAGAAAAAUUGUAGAGGAAAUUAUAGCAUCCAUUUCAAAUGAAGGACUCUACCACAGCAGGACUGGUAAGACCUAACACACAGCAACGAGUUAUAACAUCAGCUAAACAACGAUAACUAUUUCUUUCUGACUUCUCACACCCUUACUUCUAGAAUAGGUUUAAGUGGAUGAGAAUUUAUGAGUAGAUGUGCAUAAUGACUUAUUUUUCUUAAGCCUGGUAGUUUUACCAAGUUUCAUACAAAUACCUAUUUUUGAUAAGCUGUGGCCUUGCCAUAGGCAAAGUUAUAGAAAUAGUGCUUAAACCUUGUAAAGAAAAAAGCAUAUAAUCUUUAAUUUGGUUACUGUGUUUGAAAUUUACCUUAAAAGUAUGCAAAGAAACAAGAAGCUCUACCUGACUGAUGCUUUCUGAUUCAUGUUUUGAUGGUUUUUCUUUACUUGUUGACCUAUUUGUUGAGGGGAGGUAAACUAUUCUAUUAUCAGAAUUAGUUCUUGAAUUUCAAAUUUUCCAUAUGUGUGUACUUUUUCCCUAACAAGUUUUAACUGAGUCUAAUUAGCUUCACUGGCAGAGAAAAAUCAAGGUCUUUUUGUUUGCUGUUUGAGUCACUUACUGCAACACCAUCCUUUAAUCACUAAGUCUCCUCAUUUUAAUUCUUCUCUUUAGUAAAUGCUUGAUUUAAAUCAAUAUAGAUAACAAUAAAAUGGCAUAAUUGUGGUUCAGGAAGCAUAAUAUUCUCUUAAAAUCUUUAUUAUAAGCAAAGUAAUAUUUGUUUAAAAAUACUCAGAGCUAGAACUCGCUGAAGAAUAUCUUACAGGAAUCUGUUUAUAAAGGAAGAAAUCUCAAAAGGGAAAAUGAGCUUCAGUAGAGCUAACCUUUAAAAAGUGGUACUUAUUCAAGAGUGCAUGAGAAGGUUGUAGUCCCCUUUCUUCCAUUUCAUUUGGUAUUUUUUUACCUGGAUUGUUUUAAUUUAAAUAAUAAGGUAGAUCUGAUACAUCUCUUUCAUUUGUAUGUAAUUCAAAACUUUAAUAUAAUACAUUUAUAUUUUAUGUUUGGACAUCAAGUAAAUCUUUUCCAUAACACCUAAUUACCUAAAAAAGUCUACAGUCUACUGUAUAGAAACAUUGGAUGGACUUAUAAAAUGUUAUAUCAAACAGUAUUUCCUAAAUAUAUUUUCAAAUUCUAGAGGAAGCAUUAAUCCUCAAGAGUAUAAUUUGGGGUAUUGGAGAUGUAGCUCAAGUGGUAGAACACCUGCUUUUAGUAAUGUGGCCUUGAUUUCAAACGCUAGAACCAUUGUGGCAGGAGCAUAAUUUAGUAUCACUGAAGUACCUGUUAGCUUGAUUUUCUCAUGGUGCCAUUAACAAAAUAAAGAUUGGGGGUAUGGCUUAGAUAGUAGAGUGGCUGUCUAGCAAGAUCCAGACCUUAAAUUCAAAAAUCCAGUACCUCCAGAAAACAACUAAAUAAUACAAAAUACACUGGACAAAUGUUAUAAGAGACAAAGUUUUCAGUUUAAAAUAUUACCUAUUGUCCAGUGAGUCUCACUAUAAAAAAUAGAGUAUACUGAAAAGAUUACAGAGGAAAGAUGUGAUAUAGUAAGAUAACCUUAAUGCUUAAAAUAAUAUACUACAUACUAGAAGAUUAAUUUAGGUUGAUAAGAAGUCCACAAAUCUGCAAGCUGACUUCGUAUGUAAAGAGGGAUUCAACUAGCUAGAGAACUGCUUCCUUAGUUUUCCAUAGGAACAAAUAUCUUACCCUCCUAGACGUUCACUUUCAAGACAGGCAGAGACAUUCUUGUUGAGAGCAGGCAUGUUCUCUCUUCAUUCAGAAAUGUGGUGGGUUUUCAGCAUGUGAAUAUUGACUGUUGUCUUCUCUCAGUGUUGACUUACUA